AUGUGUCUAUACACAUACCACCACUACCCAGUAUGUGGGCACAUCUCCAACUGGAGCGUGACCAGCUGUCUCGAAUUCACCAACUAUGUCCGCCAAGUAGCAGGCACCGGCCAGACAGUCUCCUGCAAACAUGUCCAAAUAGCGCACGAUCUCCUUCCCGCCGCACAGCCCAGUCUCUGUGUCCAAUGCGAGAUGGAGUGGAGUGAAGCUAUUCAGCACAAUGGUCGCUAUCCGGUACUACCAGAUACCUAUCGGAUCAUCGAGGGCCUGGAUGCGAAGAGCCCGAUCAUCCAAUUUGAUACACAGAUGACCCUUGAUGUGAGGAAGACCUCUCCCAGCAGCAAGUAUUUUGUGCGCACAAUUGACAACGAUCAGUGCGAUCUCUUCGCCGACGUCUCAUUGCACGAACCGGGGCUUAGGAGUUGUCGGGCCUAUCGUCCGCCCAAGGGAAAGGUGCGGGAUUCGGGCUUCUCCAGAAAUGUGAGUCGCUCCACCCGGACUGGUGUGAACAACAUCGAUCAAAGCGGAAGGAAACUAUCUGCCGAUUACUUAACGCAGUCUCCCCUGAGCAGCCGGUAUGACGAAGCCAGGAAAUCCGCAGGUGAGAAUCCAGCGAAACACAGCCCCUCCGCUCAGCAUGAUCUAAAAACUGACAUUCGUGUAUCACGGAAAACUGCUGAUACGACUAAAGACUUGAUCAACUUUGCUCCGACCGCUUGCAAGCCGAGGUGCAGCGCUCGCUGGACUAGCUUGGACGGCAUGAGCAAACUGGAUAUCCCCAACAAACCCACUACCUCUCUCGACAGUCUGGAAGCCCACGGGUCAUCUUCCCCUCGUCCAGAUUUAUCUAGUGACGAACUGCCUAUAUUCAUGUCUUACAGCCCUUACGACUGGAUCUCAGCUCUCAGUCCUAGCCACACCUUUCUCGAAGACGCAACUCCGGUGCUUGCAAAACAAUUCGAAGGGUACCAGGACGAAUCUGACGAGAAUUCUAUUGAGCAGUCUGACUCUUCGGAUCAGAGUCCUGCGCGCCAUUCUCCAGCUUCCGCCCUGAAGCCAGUGGGUGGUCGAAAAGGAACACCCUAUACGAGGCAUCUGCCUCAUCUCCAGCGGCUUCAGUCAAUGCCUUCAGACACUCAGGCAGACGGGUUGGGUAUGUUUCUACCCCCGGAAUGGGACAGUUAUCUUGAUCGUUUCUUUCGGGGUCGGUUCUGUUGA